AUGGCAAAGAGACACAAGCAUUAUCAAGGAGGUAGGAAAAAACGCUCUGGUGAUGGAAAUAAGAAAAUAUCACAUAAGAUGAAAAAUCGCCGUCGCUCAAAUCGUCCAACUGUCCAACAAUCUCAGAUUGACAACUGGCAUAACUCCUCUGUGCCCAUGGGUGGGGCCGAUUUUGGCUUUGAUAUUGAUAUGGAGGAGACUGAUUGUUAUAGGCCCAGCAGACCCACAAUUUCGGCGGAUGCUGUAGAGGAUUAUUAUUUUAAGAAGAAAUUUGGAGAUAAAUCGAUGAGACUUGGUGGAUUGAGACCUGGUCAUAGAUUUGAGGAUAGUGAAGAAAAUUUGGCCGUAAAUGGUGCUUCAUUUAGGAAAAGACCUAUGGUUUUCGUGAAAUCCAAAGAAUUAUAUGAUCCUUCUCACGACUUGAUCCUGAAGUUGGCAGAAAAGAACAAAAUCUCCAACUUUCCACCUCCUGAAGAAUCAUCUGAGCAUAUACAGAGUGCGUUGGAAGAAGAAGAUGAUGAUAGUGACCAGGAAAAGUCCUUGUUAACAGUAAGCGUGGAGUCCGAAGAAGAAUCAGAAGAGUCUAUUCCUGUAACUGACUCUUAUGCAGAUGUGAAAGAUGAGGAUUUGUUUGUUGUUGAUGAGGAUGGUGAUGUAGAAAUAGAUGAAGAAUUCAUUGAGAUUGAUGAGGAGACAUCUAUUAAGAGUCCUGAGAACUCUGCUGUGGAAUUCAACCCAUCUCUAGUUGUUGGCAAAGUAGAAUUGAAACUGAAAGCUGACGAAUCUAACUAUAAUAAUGUUGUAAUCGAAAGUCCAAAUCAUAGAGCACAUCCAUUCAGCUCUUAUAUUUCCAAUGUAAUGAAAAGUAUGAAUGACGAUUCUGAAUCCUAUGAUUCUUCCGACUAUGAUAAACAAAAUAUUCCUGACACUAUUGCACCUUACGAAAUCACUGAAGAUCAAGUUGACGAUUCAAACAUUGAGUCACCAGAAAUGGAAUAUAUGCAAAAUUCACAAUCUAGUAAACAAGAUAUCAAGCUGGCCAACAAUAUACAAUCUUUCCACAUAUCUGAAGAAGUGUCCAAUGCUGAGAGGGAUCAAGAUAAUUUUAAAGAUCAAGAAAUCGCCAUUGGUCUAAAUAGUGAACGUGCUGAACCAGAAUAUGGUUUUCUUGAUGAAGAUUAUGUUAUUGAUAACAGCGAGGUUGUAGUCACUAAUAUCAGGAUGGGAGUCAAUGAAAAUUCGUAUUAUUUGAAGUGCUAUAGAUUGUACGGUGAUCACAAGCCAAAAUGGACUACUCAAGAAAUGCUUACCGAUUUUUUAAUAAAUGACUUAGGGUUGCCUGAAAAUCGGGUUAUACCGUAUCUUAACUUUGUUCGUGAUUCAUUGGUCCCAAAGGAAGAACCUCCUGAACCAACUUUCUCUGAUAUUCCAUUUUCAGACACAAGCUCAGAAGAAGAAGACAAUACUGAUGGAGAUGAAAUACUGGAUGACAUGAGGGAAGGACUAGAUGAUCUUGUUUCAUAUGCACUAAAGUAUAGUGGUGGCAGAAAUCAAGAGUAUGAGACAAAAUCAAUGAAUCUUACUGGAAAAGGCAAAAAGAAGAAAUUAUUGAUAGAUGAGUCACUAGGAUUAGGUGAUGAAACUAUAGCAACUCUCCAAAGCAAACUGUCUCAUAGAUUGGGAAACAAAGCCAACAAAAGGAGGACAAAGGAGGACUUUAUUGACGAAGAAAACAGAAAUUCCAACGAUCUUUUCAAGAAGUAUCCACUUGGCCUUCACGUGCAUAAUAUAAAGGAUGAAUUCGAAGCAUUUAUUAUGGGAACCAGAGACAGAUUGAUUUUUCCGCCAUUAGACCCGCAUGGAAAUAAGACGGUAACUAAAUUUAGCAAGUAUUAUAAUAUGAAAAGCUCUAAAGCUGGAAAGGCUAACCAUACACAUAUUGUCAUUGAUAAAGUCAAAAAGACCAAGACAAAAACUCCAAAUUACAAUCUAAUUUAUCAGUUGCUCAAACAGCGUCCUGUUUUUAUGAGAAUUGAUGUCCAGAAAAUCAGAGAAGAGUUCGUUCGUACAGAGAGGGUGGCCGUGAAAAGUAGGUAUCAUGUCAAAGAAGGUGAGGUAGUUGGUGAGAAUGCACCAGAAAUUGGACAAGACAAUAUUGGGAGAAGAAUGCUCGAAAAACUCGGCUGGAAUAGUGGUGAAGGUCUUGGAGCUCACGGUAAUAAAGGUAUUAGUGAACCUGUAUUUGCUCGUGUCAAGAAAAACAAAUCAGGUCUGCGACAUGCAAAAGAUCAUUAG